GUCAAACGCUAGUAUUUCCACCCGGCACACACCACAAUGAAUUUUCCUUCCGACAAUUUUCGGCCUGAUGAGCCAUCCAAACGAGACCCUACUAUCGACGCAUACUCUAGCCAAGCCGACCAACUUGAAAGGCUCCUACAGCAGCACGGAUUCAAAAUCCGGGGGCUUGUAGUUUAUCGUUACACAUAUCAAAGCGAUUCCGACUGGGAAAAGUCCAUGACUCGGUUUCUCUACCAUGUUACCAAAUCGCUUGAGUACUACAACGGCCUUGACCUAUUAGAAAGCUUAGCCCCUACGGUCGUCGAAGACGAAUCUUUUAACGGCGCGACUACUGCUUUUUUACGCAAUCAUUUCCAAGAGUGGGCUGCAACAGUACCGCAAAUGGAGCAGGGUGCUGACUAUUCCCCCUUCGCAGCAUCGGGUCGGUAUCGCUUCUUCAUCAUGGUAGACCAAGAGGCUUUAGAAUCAGUUCUAGGCAUACCGAAUCCACAUUUUAGUGUCAGAACUGGAUUCGUUCGUCUGGUCAAUGGGGUUUGGGAGCCAGACGAACUGGAUGAGGAGAGAUUGAAGGAGUUUGGAAUAUCUAACCCGUCGGAACUUGAACCGGAGGAACCUCCGGAGGGAUUUACAUUAAAGGAUGUCGGCUGGAUGAAGGUGUCGUAUGAGGACGCAGAGGCCUGGGCUCUCCUGGAUUUUGAGUGAUAGCUUAGACUGGUCAGACUUUUACCAGCAUCCUCC